UAAAAAGGAGGCUAGUAGCUAUCGGCUACCGUCAGUUGAUUAACUUGAUAGCUUGUGACUGUGUGAUAUUGGCGGUUUUGCGUGAAUAAUGCGUAGCCUCUCGGUGAUUUUAAGUGCGCUGUGUGUUGGGUUAGCUUGUGCCGGCGCGCUCACCCACAGAGAAAGUGACAACCACGAGUGGCAUGUUACGGCAGACGAAAAUGGCAACAUGCGGCUAGUGUCGUACGCCGUACCGUACCAGCUGGAUGGUGAACAAGCGAAGCGAGACUUUGUCCCGGAACGUGACACACGCUUCCUCCUGUACACCGCUUCCAAUCCGGAGACUCCACAUGUCCUGCGGAACGGUGAUCUUGAUUCCAUCAUGAGCUCUCCCUUCAACCGAAACAACCCAACGCGCAUGAUCAUUCACGGCUGGCUCGGUACUCAGGAUUCGGAAAUUAAUCGCCUAACGCGAUCGGCACUGUUCUUUACCGGCAACUAUAACAUCAUCUACGUUGACUGGAGCGUUGGUUCGUUGGACGAGUUCUACCCGAACUCCCGGCAGCUGGUGUACGCGGUAGGAGCAGCUGCCUCCAACAUCCUGGACUACCUGGAGCGGUACGCUCAGCUAAACAAGCGAGAUGUUGUGGUGGUUGGCCACAGUCUGGGAGCGCACGUAGCCGGUAACGUGGGCAAGUGGCAGGGGGGCACGCUCAGAACGAUUAUCGGACUGGAUCCAGCUUUGCCAUUCUUUGCCGGAAAUGCGCCCGAUCGGAUAAUGGCUUCGGAUGCGGAUUACGUCGAGAUCAUCCACACGAAUGGUGGUGUGCUGGGCUUUAUGGAUCCGAUCGGAGAUGCUGACUUCUAUCCCAACUUUGGACGUGUACAGCCGGGCUGCGGGGCGGAUGUUGGAGGCGGCUGUGCCCAUGCACGGGCGGUACACUUUUACGUAGAAUCGAUUCUCUCGAGGAAUGGAUUCGUCGGGCAGCAGUGUCAAACGUUCCAAAACAUACGGGACGGUAUGUGCGCACAAACUGGAGUCUCAUCGCGCAUGGGUGGUGAGCCACCGAACGCGCAGGAUGCACCGAACGGUAUCUUCUUCCUGCAGACGGCAAGCAGUUUCCCGUUUGCCGUUGGCUGUUAGCCGACAGACGGUAGUGAUAUUAACCGCAACUUCAUGUAUUAAAAGCAAUCGGUUGUGUUUUUAGUUGGUAAGAAAAUGGUUGUAAACCCGCGUUUGUUUGACAUAAAUGCUAAUCGGGGUACGAUAGCUGGCCCACCCGCACCCAGAGUGCCGUCCCACUAA